AUGGCAGCACUCUUUGGGCCGCUGCCGUCCGUGAACCGCGACGCGUUCCGCUGGAUCCCGGACAAGGAGGCCGAGAAGUGCAUGAACUGCAACUCCGAGUUCACAGUCUUCAACCGCAAGCACCACUGCCGCCGCUGCGGCCACGUCGUGUGCAAGAACUGCUCACCCAACAUUCGCCGCGUAUCGCCACAAGACCCAUUCCCCGUGCGCGUCUGCAACCCGUGCUACACGGCCGUCGACGAGCACUUCACAUCGCUCGAGUGGUCGGGCCACACGACGACCGAGGCAGAGCGCAGCCCUGACCCCGUCGCGAACGGUCGCGUGCACAUUGGGCAGCUGUACGUCAAGGUCGUUGAAGCCAUCGGCCUUCCGUCAACCGACUCGAUCGCCAACUCAAUCACAAGCGAUCCGUUUGUCAAGGUCAUUCUCACUGGUCGCUGGUCCCACGGACAGGAGUGGGGCACCGACUUGCAGUCGAUUCGACUCACGAAGCGCAAGUCGCGCACGCUCAACCCGCGCUGGCACGAGACCUUUGUCUUCAACGUCUGCGCGCCGGGUGCCGAGCUCGUCCUCGAGGUCUACAACAGCGGACAACUCGGGCAGCCCACAAAGCUCGGACAGGCGGUCGUGCCGCUGAGCAUCCUCAUGGACCAGCGCCGGCACAACAAGUGGCUCGACUUGCUUCUGCCUCAGGGACUGUACCGCGAAGGCCUCAACAACGACGCGCGCGCGGGCCGCAUUCACGUUCUGUUGCACUACAAGUUUGCGCGCGCCGCCGAGUUUGUCUCGCAUUUCGCGCCCGAGCAGCCGUACGAAGCGCCGUGGCCCGCGUUCAAGGCAGCGACGCUCUACUCGAACUUUUGGCUGCUCCUCGACGACCUCUGGCCGUACCUCGAGGUGCUCUGGGCCAUCUCGCCGACGCUCAACUGGGAGCACCCGAGCAGAACGUGCUUUUGGCUCGCCCUCGUCGUCUGGAUGUGCGUCUACAUACGGUGGGUGCCCGUGCUACUGCACCUCUUCCUCAUCGGCCUCGUGCUGCGCAACCACUUUGACAUGACGGUCAAGAUCCAGCCAUCGGAAGCUCCGAUCUCGUCGGUCGUGACCCCGCCCAGCUUUAACACAGCGCCGAGCCUCGAGCCGAGCAGCAGCAGCAGCAACCUCCUCGACGGCCAAGCGCGCGUGUACAACUUGCCCCAGGGCUUUCACCACAUCACGGACAAGAUGACGCGCCUCACGACGGACGCCGAGACGCGGCACACGCUGCAGAACGUCCAGAACAACAUGGCGUGGUGGUCGGGCGUCAUCAAGUCGAUCGAGCUUUUGUUUUCGUGGGAGGACUUUUUCUACACGGGGUAUGUGCUCAUCGGGCUCAUCGUCAGCUGCAUCUUGCACGUUGUGAUCCCCAACCAGUACUUAUUGCUGCUGGUCGUCCUCUGGCUCUUUGUGCGUUGGACGGUCCCGUACAUCACGCUCAGCCGGUGGCUCUACGGCGUCAAGCAAGGGAUUCGGUCGCUUCUGCACCAGCACCGCCUCCUCUCGAUGCACGAGCAGAAGGGCCUCAUGGACCGCGACUCGACCAGCAGCACCAACUCGGGCCCGCCGUCCAUCAACGUCAUGGACCUCAAUGGGAAGAGCUCCAUCAACAACGCAUCGAACCCACGCGGCCGCAUCCAGAGCAUCAGCCACCGCAACAAGAGCGUCUCGAAGCGAGAACUCAUGAUUGGCGCCGCCGCCGCCGAGCUCUCCAAGCGCAUAGCGGCCGAGAGCAGCGGAGGUGGUAGCGGCAACUUUUCGUCCCUCGACGACUAA